GUAAGAAAGUUCAGAAACAAAUAACAUCUAAUGCAAAUAUUGAUUACUGAAGGGGACAUGAUUACAGGUUGAUCUUUGUUAAGUGCUUAAAGCUUGUAGUAAAACUGUAAUUUAUUUUGUAAAAUGUGUACAGAACUCAAUGUAUAUGACAACAAGCAGAGUAGAUGAAAUGGCAUCAGAUGUAUUUGGUACACAAAGCAAUAGAAUGCCACUUGAUGAGAUAAAUACUUCAAGUAUAAUUGACAAGUUGUAUGACAAAGGCAUAGAAAAGACACAUCAAAAUUGCGCUACUGAUGAUCAGAUCAAAAUUACAGAACACUAUGAAAGGGAAGAAAGCUUAAUAUCAGAUUUGAAUCCAUGGGACCAGGGUGUAUUUGACAACAUGAAUCUUGAAAUGGUAAAUGAGAGCAAUGAAAUAGAAGAGCAUUUGCAGCAGAUUAUUCAUGAACAUUCAAGAUGUCCAGAGAAUGUAGGUGUUGAUAAUCAUACAGAUGAGGAAACAAACAAAGAAUUGACAGAAGAAGACAUAGAAAUUUUCUUGGAAAAUGAAGAGUUGGCAGCAAAACAAGGGAAUAAUGUCCAGAUAGAUACUGAGUUGACACCAGAAAUGGGUAUGGAAUUUGAUAGCUCAGAAGCAGCACAUCGUUUCUUCAACUUCUAUGCAUAUCUGGCAGGGUUUUCUGUGGUUGUAGCUGGUACUUAUCAUACACAGAGCAAAAAAAGAAACAAUGAACUUACUAGGCUGACACUGAGGUGCAACAAGCAUGGUCCAGGGAAUGAGAUAACAAAUAGUGCAUUGAGAAAAAUGGGAUAUGGAGAAUAA